GGUUUUUGAGACCAAGCCAAAGCCGUAAUAGUUAGAAGAGCGUAAGAAAGUUAACAACAUUACUCUAAUAAGAGUCAACAAGGAGGAACAAGUCUUCCACUUUUGUCCCUUUUUCAUUGGUCUAAGACUUGCAAAAGGAGCCAGAGGGCAUCGAGGAACGAUCAUCAUGUAUCUAAUUGUUUGUGGGAACUCAGGAGAAGAAGAAAAAGCAACAAAUUGCAUAUCAGCAACAAUUUGAGCCAUUUGUAGCAAUCGUUGAAAUGUCCGUGAAUCUCGAGAGAUUUUGUUGUUUUUUUUACGUGGGUUUUGCUUGGAUUUGCGAUUAGAGGACUCCGAAGUGGUGGAUGCUGAAUACCGAGUUCAGUAAGUCCCAGGUGUCUUGGAGGCAGAUUCUUGAUGGAUAAGUUAUGCUGUUUUACUACAGCUUGUUUUCCGUAUGUAGGAGUGCAUUCCUCGUAUAGCGUUGGUAAGGGAAAAAACCAUGAGGGUCAAAUCAAGUAUGGUUUCAGCCUAGUAAAGGGGAAAGCUGAUCAUCCCAUGGAGGAUUACCAUGUUGCUGAGUUUGUACAGAUAGAAGAACAUGAGCUUGGGCUAUUUGCUAUUUAUGAUGGCCAUUUGGGGGAUGGUGUACCUGCCUACCUUCAAAAGCAUUUGUUUGCCAACAUCCUAAAGGAGGGAGAAUUUUGGGCUGACCCAAGGAAAUCAAUCUCAAAAGCCUAUGAGAGGACCGACGAAGCAAUUCUUUCGCAUAGUUCCAACCUGGGACGAGGUGGGUCUACUGCUGUUACAGCAAUUCUAAUCAAUGGCCGAAGGUUGUGGGUAGCCAAUGUGGGAGAUUCACGAGCUGUUCUUUCUAGGGGAGGUCAGGCUAUUCAGAUGUCUACAGACCAUGAGCCUAACACUGAACGGCGAAUCAUUGAGAACAAAGGAGGCUUUGUCUCAAACUUGCCAGGGGAUGUCGCUAGAGUGAAUGGACAGCUGGCCGUUUCACGUGCUUUCGGAGAUAAAAGCCUUAAGUUACAUCUGCAAUCAGAUCCUGACGUUCAAGAUAUUAACGUGGAUCUGGACAUUGAUAUUCUUAUCCUUGCGAGUGAUGGUCUUUGGAAGGUGAUGACUAAUCAAGAAGCGGUUGAUAUUGCAAGAAGAGUAAGAAAUCCCCAGAAGGCAGCAAAGCAGUUGACAGCUGAAGCAUUAAAAAGAGACAGUAAAGAUGAUAUAUCUUGUGUCGUGGUUAGAUUUAGGGGAUAAAACCUCUUCCACCAUUUGCCUCUCAGUUGGAGAAUAUUAGGAAAUAAGAGUUUCUCACACAAGAUGCAUGUCUCUGGAUAAAAGUAAAGCAACACUGAAAAUUUAUACCCAAUUGGAGAGAACCUCUCAGGAUUCUGGUUAAACUACCAGUGUGCCAGAAGAAACGCGAAGAGAAAGAAAAGGUUCCCCUCUGUAAAUUUCAGUUAUUUACCACGUCUGUGUCGUUUUACAUCUGUUUUGUUUCUUUGUCAAAGCUUAUUAGCAUAUAUUGUUUGUCAUCUUUUUUUUGUACAAAUGAUGGAGUAGCCAUGUGUAGAUAAUAAUGUUGGUUUGACUGUGAGUGGAGGGAUUUUUUGUGGUACAUUUUGUAUGGUUGUUCGGAAGUACAAACUGUCGUUCUGCCUUUGGAUUGGAAUUUGAUGAUGAAAUUGGGUUACUCUUUGACUGCAUAAACCAGUUCAAAUGGAAUGUCAUGAGAGAAUUCCAUUUGACAUGCUGGAGUAGAAGGUAUAAUUUGAAAUUUUCCUGCAAAUUUGGUUCUGAAGUUGGGU